AUGGUAACAUGUAUUUCUGACUUCCAUUUUAUUGACAGAUUUGGGUUAUUGACGAAAGCAAGUGGAAACCUGGGAGAGUGGAACACAGUGUGGGAUGGCCUCUAGAUAGGCAUACAUAUGGUGGAUCAUUCCUUUAUCAUUUGAAUGAGGGAGAACCUUUGGUGGCUUUGGGCUUUGUGGUGGGUCUGGAUUAUCAAAAUCCAUACCUGAAUCCAUUUAAAGAAUUCCAGAGAUGGAAACACCAUCCUUCAAUAGCACCAACCAUAGAAGGUGGAAAAAGGAUUGCUUAUGGAGCCCGUGCCUUAAAUGAAGGUGGUGUACAGUCUGUACCCAGGAUGUCUUUCCCUGGUGGUCUAUUGGUUGGCUGCAGUCCAGGAUUGUUGAACGUCCCUAAAAUUAAAGGCACACACACUGCUAUGAAGAGCGGAAUGAUUGCUGCAGAUACCAUCUUUAAUAAACUAAUUGAAGAUAAUCACCAGCCUGUGACUCAGGGCCUACAUAUACCAGAGUAUGACACGGACAUUAGAAACUCUUGGAUUUGGAAGGAACUUUAUUCUGUGAGGAAUAUCCGACCCUCCUGCCAUGGACCAUUGGGUGUUUACGGUGGAAUGAUUUACACUGGAAUAUUUUACUGGAUAUUUCGAGGAUUGGAGCCCUGGACACUGAAACACAAAGGUGCAGAUUAUUCUCAGUUAAAACCAGCCAAAGAUUGCACACCCAUUGAAUACCCUAAGCCAGAUGGAAAAAUCAGCUUUGAUCUUCUAUCCUCUGUGGCCCUUAGUGGAACUAAUCACGCAGAUGAUCAGCCACCACACUUGACACUACUUGAUGAUAGUAUACCAGUGAAGAGGAAUUUGGCUCAGUUUGAUGGACCAGAGCAAAGAUUCUGUCCUGCAGGUGUUUAUGAGUAUGUUCCUUUGGAAAGUGGUAAUGGGAUGAGAUUGCAGAUUAAUGCCCAGAACUGUGUUCACUGCAAGACGUGUGAUAUUAAAGAUCCCAGCCAGAAUAUCAACUGGGUGGUUCCUGAAGGAGGUGGUGGCCCUGCUUAUAAUGGAAUGUAAUCAAUUUACAAUCACAAACUGGAGUUACAGAAUUAUGUACUUGCAUAUUGUAUUAUUGUACCGGGGUGCUUUUUAAAUCAAGCUUUCAACUGUAAAGCUAAAAGUGAAGGAUUACAUUUUUACAAUUAACUUGAUAUUUCAUUCUGAUUUCAGUAGCACUAUAUAAAUUGGGUUCAGUUGUUCAGAGGAACUGUCAAUCAAAUAAAUCAAAACAAAACAGUCUAAAAUUUGCCCUUAAAUGAUGUACCUGACUCAGGUUUGUGUUUAAUGAAAGACAUCUGGUAACAAUUAAUCAGCAUCUUCAUAUAUUGAGGCCUUUAAUUUAGUCUGUUCAGUUUUCAAUGUAAAACUAUUUAAAUAAUGUGCACAUUGAGAAUGCAAAUGUAAUUAUUUUUGGUAAACUACUGCAAAUUCAAGUUCUUUCAAAAUUGAUCAGUAAUUUACCAUAUGGAAUAUGAAUUCUUUGAUACGUUUUGUUGAAAAUUUACCUUAAUUGGUUUGCUGAGUACCACUGAAAAUAAAUGCAGAAACACAUUAACAUUAACUACUGAUCAACUGAAAAAAAGUCUAACAUAAUCUCUUUUUUGAAUUGUAGUCCCUUUUUUGCAUUUAUCCAUAGUGUAUACCAGAUGAAGUGAAACUUUCAUGUAUGUUUUUGAUGUGCUGAUUUUUAAGCUAAUACCUUAUUGGAACCAAUUUUGAAAUAUAAAGUUAAAAAAUGAAUUGUAAACAAUGCAAAGUCUUUGUGAGAAGAGGAUAGAUGGACAUCUUUUAAUCACCAAAAUUGGUGGUUAUUGCUUUAGUGAUAGGAAAACAGUAAUAAAUCAUGGUGCCUUGCACCUACUACUCAUCAUUAAAACAACUAUUUAUGAUGUAAUAUGAUAUAUUAUUGGUUUGUAAAUAAAAACUUGUAAAUGUUCAAUUUCUGUAAUAAAAAUUAACAUAAUUUGUA